UGCACAUUCCACUUCUUUGGCUGCGUAUCGAUAUUUGGCCAUUCCAAGACCUUCUCAGGCACAACUUUUCUUGUAAUGGCGAAUUUAUAGACGUAAUUUUUUCCCUUGGUUCAUGGAAUACUGUAUGUGGUGCAAAAAUGCAAUUUGUGAUUAGAUACCAAAAGUGUACAUGAAAAGAGUCACAAAGAGAAACAGAGAGAAAUAUACGGUAGAUGAGAUUAAACUUUUAAGAAGAUAGGCGCUAUUUUUGUAUCACUCCAUCAUAAGAGACAAUGUAUUUAAUACCUCUGUGUUUAGUACUGUUGGAUGUACUCCUUUCAACAAAUGCGCAGAUGAUACGGGAUGGGAGAUUUUUUAACUUGAGAAACAGGCCUCCUUUUUUGAGAUUUCCCCCAAUCCCACCACCGGGAAGCUUCAAUCCAAGAUUUCCUUUUCCACAGGGAGGUGGAACUUUAAGAGGCGCCAUCAACCAGCCCCGACAGUUCUGGCCCAACAACAGAAAUGACAGGGCUAUUCCUGGACGUCAAACAUCAGAUUUCAGGAAUAAUCUAAAUAACAGACCGACUGGUCAGAACAUUGUCAGGCCCCCAUUUGGUGCCGUUCAACAGCCAGUACCUAAUGUACGAAACGAUCGUUUUCCGAACUCAUUCGCGGAUCAGAAUCAAAACAGAUUUUUAAGACCUGCUGUUAAUACAAAUGAUUUGAAUACAUUGCGAAACGAUUUUUCAACUUUUCAACAAAUGAGGAAUAUUCCUCAGUUUCCAACAGAUUUAUUCGCUCGAAGAAGCCCACAAUCCGGUCCAGCUGCCAUUGCACCAUUUAGUCAGUUACCUACACAAAAUCUUGGACAAACGAGAUCAAACUCUCCUAUCUCUGGUUCAACUGAUAAUUCCCAGAUUUUUAGACAACAACAACAACAACAGCAGCAACAACAACAACAGCAGCAGCAAAUACAACAACAGCAACAACAACAGCAACAACAACAGCAGCAACAACAACAACAACAAGACGUAGAGCGUCAAAGAUUAGAGCUACAACAAUCUCUAAUGAGAAGACAACAAGCAUUACAGAUGGCUUUACAACAACAACAACAACAACAACAACAGCAGCAAACACAACAACAAGCUGUGAGUCAACAGGUCCCAGCAGUACCUCAGUUUAACCAACAAACUUUUAUGCAACAAUCAACACCUUCGCCCCCAGCCUCAAACCCUUGGUUGUUCCCUGACAAUUCUCUGCCUUUGUCACCAACGAAUAUCAUUCGUGCUCUUCCACCGGUAUCUGGAUCUACAAACAAUGAGGCUUCUCUGCAGACUCAACCGCAAACAGUUCAGCCCGGAAGUAUUGGUUCUUCCCCUACUGAACACUUGUUUGAUGGACAUCUUACACAUCAACAGGCUCUGGACAGAUUCGCAGCACCACCGGCAGAAACAGGCUCAGCUGCCAACGGAGAACCUGCCAUCCCAGGAGCCGAAAUUAGCCACACCCUGAUUACAAUUAAGGAUGAACAGGGAAAUGUCAUUGCCGAACAGUUAUUCCCAGAGGGAUCAAGCGACGCAACAAUUGAAAAAUAUAUAUCUGAAAUAUCCGCUAAUUACACGAACCAGGUGAGACAGGGAACUGCAGCGGCCCCUGGCACCGGGCUAGGAACUUCCGGUAAUACAGCGUCUGCGCCGAUCGGUAGUGGACAGGAACAGUCCAGCGCCGCUAUUGGAACAGCUUCCGGACCUUCCCCUUCUGCCGGGUUUUUUCGGAAUGCUUUUCAACAAUGGGGAAGUGUCCCAAGACGUAAGUUUGCAUGCGCAUGCUCAGAAAUAGUUAUCAGGUCCUACAGUGCGUAUAUUCAUAUAAACGUUUGAUUAGAGAAAAAAAAAAACGUUUAAGCUGAAGGAGCAGUUUUUAAGACUUUUAGUAUAUAGUGUUCUAGACAGACUGAGAAAUCGCUUUUUUAUCCAGUGUCAAUGGUUUUCUAAUUUGAAUAUGGAAUUUGAAUAGAAGAAUAGUGGUUAAUUAGUAGAUCGCAUUACAUCUAUAUCUAGACAAUACGUCCAUCAUUAGUUUGUUUGAUAUCUUAUUUAGGAUCGUCGUUAGAUGGUCUAUAGAAUUUGAUAGUUUAAUACUCCAUUGUAUUCAAAACCUGAAAAAAAUGGUAUGUUGUAUAAUAGUUUUCAGUAGAUAGGGUAUCAGGGUAAUUAGUGCCCCCAACUAUCAAAGAUUGGUUGUAUCUUUAUAGUAUUUAUUUUGUUUGGUUGGAUGUUGAUAGUAUUUGUUUUGUUUUUCAUAACGAUUUUGUCCUUUCGUCUGUCUUUUUCAUUUCAUUCCAGGACUGCUUACUUUAUUAUAAAUUGUUUUAUUUUCAUUGACCAGGAAUAAUGUUUAAACAUAUAAAGUUAAACCGCUUGAAUCUUUGAAAUGGAUGUACUUUACACGGUCAUUGUUUUUAAUUAUGAAUCUUCUUUUUAAUAUAAAGAAGGCUGGAUGGUUGCAGCCAUUUUUAGACUGUAUUAAUCUCCUUUAGAA